UUUCCUGGAUGAAGCAGGAUCCCACUCAGCCUGUUUUCAUCUUUACUUAGCACCUGCUGGCUGGGAGCGGUGUCGCCCAAGCAAUCAGACGGAGGCAUGCGCCAGGAGCUUGACCUCCUGCGUCUGCUGCCCCUCCCCCACGCCCCAUGACAGCCUCUCCUGAUAUGGAUGGGCAGGGGCCGGUUUAAAAUGACAGUCUCAAGUUCGUGUAGGAAGGGAAGGCUAAUUCAAAGAAACGGCCAGGCAAGCUUCCUGCCUCUGUAGGAAUAAUUUUCAUCCCCCUUCACCAUGGCCCACCUGGGAGCCCAUUUUGCCUUUCGAUCCCGCUGGCAGAAGACCGACGACGAACUCUGUCGACAUAGCAUGUCCUUCAUCCUUCACAGAGCCAUUCGCAAUGACUUCUUUCAGAGCUAUCUCUACCUGCUGGAAAAAAUUCCCCUGGUGAAAUUGUAUGCUUUAACAAGUCAAAUCGUCAAUGGGGAGAUGCAGUUCUAUGCCAGAGCUAAACUUUUCUAUCAAGAAGUACCAGCUACAGAAGAGGGUAUGAUGGGAAAUUUCAUUGAACUGUCCAUCCCAGAUAUCCAGGCUUCUCGGGACUUCCUUCGGAAGUUUGUUGGGGGCCCCGGGAGAGCUGGGACAGACUGUGCCUUGGAUUGUGGCUCUGGAAUAGGAAGGGUCAGCAAGCAUGUCUUGUUGCCGGUUUUCAAAAGCGUGGAACUGGUGGACAUGAUGGAAUCGUUCCUCGUCGAAGCCCAGAACUACCUGCAGGUCAACGGGGACAAGGUAGAAAGCUACCACUGCUACAACCUGCAGGAAUUUACACCCCCACUGGGGAGAUAUGAUGUCAUCUGGAUUCAGUGGGUCUCUGGGUACCUGACCGACAAAGACCUUCUUGUAUUUCUUUCCCGGUGCCGAGCUGGCCUGAAGGAAAACGGUGUCAUCAUACUGAAGGACAACGUGGCUCGGGAGGGCUGUAUCUUCGAUCUCUCGGACAGCAGUGUGACUCGGGACAUGGACAUCCUCCGGAGCCUCAUUAGGAAGAGCGGGCUGGUGGUGCUGGGCCAGAAGAAACAGGAUGGCUUUCCAGAACAGUGCAUCCCGGUGUGGAUGUUCGCACUGCACAGUGAUGGACAGUCCUGACCAGCAGGUGGGAAUGGGGCUGGACUGCACAGGGGCGCUUUGGGACAGAAGUAUGCUCCUCAUAAUUCACGGCGGCGGGGGGGGGGGGGGGGGGGGGGGAUGGAGAGAAGGGAUCCGAUGCAUGUCUGGAAAUGCUCAAUGUAGUAUGUACAAGUUUCCACUAAUUUUAUAAGUACGCGCACACACUCGGUGGAUUUCCCGGCAGAUAAAUGGAGUGAAACAUCAGGAAAACUGUUUUAAGAGACUGCCGUGUACACCCAAAAUGUACAUUGUACACAAAACCAGAAAAGGGAGCAGUGUUCACAAAUUCUAAACUGCCCUGGUCCCUGAAGAUUUGCAUUAUGGAGUAUUCCGGGAUGGAUGGGGUAAAGUCUAGGCCCGCCUUGCUCUGCCCUCAUGUUAGAUGCAUUCUAUUCCCUUCCUCUCCGGGACGACUGUUUCUCUUAGAAGUAAAAGCUCACCCUAAUUACGAAAGGCACGGGUCAAAAUAAUCUUAUGAAAACAAACCCAUUGCUUAAUCUUGUCUUUAGCUUUUCUCUUCACAGAAAAAGUAUAUAUGGUUUCGCUUUCCAUUUGGGGUCAGUUUCACCACCCAGUGAUGGAAUAUGGGUGCAAUUUGAUAACAGAAGCCUGCGUUUCAGUGAUGAGGAAGCGUCUCGUUUCAGGAGAAAACAUUGUACCGUUAAAAUUUCAGCUGUGAACAGAUAAGUAAAUGUCAUUGAUAAUCUAAUUUUAGCCACUGGCCUCCGACCCCGCUCGCCUCAUUGCGUCUGGCCCCGUUGCUUUCAUUGAUGUGAAUGUACGUUGGGAAGAGAAGGGAAAUGAUAA